GGAUAAAAAAAAUCUUAUCACAAAAUGAUAUGAUAGCAGCGCCCGAUAGCCCCACGUAGCAUUUAGUCUUCACCUCGUCUUAACGGCAACGGGGUUAAUAUUUUUUCUUCCUUCCUGAGUCCUAGAACGAAGCAAAGAGCUAUAUCCGUGACAAGAAAAUAAUAACAAUGCUUAUCGAUGCUAUCAAAGAGGGCGACUGCCGAGGGAUCACAGCAGCACUGGACAAAGGAGAGCAGAUUGAUGGAAACCCAACACAGGGAAAGAAACCGAUACAUUAUGCCACGGAAAGCGGGUCGACGGAUGCCGUUGCGCUGCUUUGUGACAGGGGUGCCAACCUGGAAGUAGGGGAUACCGAAAACCAGGGAAGAAAGCCUUUACAUAUCGCAGUCCAGAAUGGGAAUUUUGAAAUUGUACAAACACUGCUUGAAAGAAAAGCCAACCCAAAUGCCAGGGACGAUGCAGGGCAAACACCUCUCAUCAUCGCUGCCAUCCGUAAUGCAGGUCAUAUUGCAAAAUUGCUAUUGGACAAAGGAGCGGAUAUCAGCAUCAAGGAUUCAAACAAUCUCUCGGCGCUCGGCAGGGCCGUAGGAAGCACUUCCGAAACAAUCGUCCAACACUUACUGGACAAGGGAGCUUCAGUCGACGAGAAAGACGCAAUAGGCGGCGGACUCCUGCACCUGGCCGCGGAGACCGGAUCCUGUUACAUUCUUGAGAUCCUUAAGGGCAAAGGAUGCGAGGUGGACGGGCGCGACCAGGAGCAGUGCACGCCCUUGCAUUGCGCUGCGGAAUCCGGCAACCUGGCAGCCGUGAAGUGGUUCGUCGAGAAUGGCUCAGAUCUCAACGCCGUCGACAAGAACAACCUGACGCCGAUUCAGAAGGCGCAGAAGGAGGAAUUCCUGGACGUGGUCUAUUGGUUGCAGGGGUAUAAGGAGAACGAAGGCAUGAAAAACAUCGUUAAAGCACUGAGAAGGGGAGAUAUGAAGGCGAUUGAAGAGAAAAUCAGCGAGGGAUUCGAUGUCAACUCUGUUCUCCAGGAAGAAAAAAAUAAAGACUGGAGUCCACUACACUUUGUUGCUGAUGAGGGACACACGUCUAUAGUUGCCUCUCUACUAAACAAUGGAGCUAAUGUCGACUGUAAAAAUAGUGAAGGUUUAACGCCGCUCCACCUGGCCGCCUGGGGAGGACACACGGACUUCGUCAAGAUAUUAAUCGCAAACAACUGCGACGCUAAGGCAACAACUAAUGAAGGCCUGACCGCGAUUCACCUAGCGAGCAAAGGGGGACACCUGCCUGUGGUCGAGGCGAUGGCUCCUCACUGCGAUGUCACAUCCCUCACUCGCAAACAGAAGUCAGCGCUCCAUUUAGCCGCCGAGUACGGGAAUGACGAAGUCGUCGAGUGGUUGCUGACACAAGAUGUUAGUAUCUACCAAGAAGACGAUUCGGGCAAAACGGCUCUUUACUACGCUCAUGACGAGGGGCACAGGAAAGUGACGGAUAUUCUUCGUCGCCAUUUGCCACAAGACCAACUUCAGCUGCAUGAUGUCGGCCUAACUGGAGACAUGGAAGAGCUAAUGAGAUGUAUCAGAAUGGGAAUAAACCUUGAUAUACCACAUCCAGAAAAUGGUCGGUUGGUCAUCCACACUGCUGCUCGCCACGGCCACGACAGCGUCAUCCGGGAACUCUUCAAAGCGGGAGUUUCGAAAGAUGCAACAGACAAAGAAGGUCUCCAAGCCGUCCACUACGCGGCUCAAGGCGGCCACCUGAAUACGCUGAAGGUCCUCCAGAAAGAGCACUGCGACCUGGAGGCGUCCACGACCGAUGGCUUCACUGCCCUUCACUACGCGGCCGAGUGGGGCCACGGGCAGGCGCUGAAGUGGCUGGUGGAGGUGGGAGGUCUGGACCCCACGUACCUCAGCAACUCUUCCCUGACGGCGGUGGAUGUGGCGCGGCAGUGCGGGAAGCUGGACGCGGCCAUCUACCUACAGGAGGUUUUAUUGGGAAAAAUGGAGGAAAGGAAUCGAGAUUUGAAGUCGGAGUUAAAGGACAGAGAAAAACAAUUAUCGCAAAAUGAGGCCUUGCUGAAGGAUAAGACGAAAAGGGAAAAACGUCUAGAAGAUGAAAUAUCGAAAUUACAGGGUCGCCUGGAACAUCGAAGGAGUAAAUUACGAGAUUUAACCGAAAAACUUGAACAUACAGAAAGCGACCUGUAUGAAUUAAAGCAAGACUUAAAGGAGCAAAGAAGAACAGAAAGGAGGUUGAGAUCACGACUGGCCGAGUGGGAGGACAAUCAGAGAGCUAUUGGGAGUGAAGAAGAAAGCCCACCUCGGCGGCAGAGGAGGUAGCGGCACGAUAGAAUGGCAAAUAAGAUAGAUGAUGCUUUUGUGUAUAUUAGCAUCUCCCCAACCAAAAGUAAACUGGUCUUAAGGUAGUACCUUAAAAAUUCAUAAGACUUGCUAUACCAAAGGAAAUACUUUAUGAAAAAUGAGAAAUCAUAGUAGAAAUAGCAUGCAUACUAUGCAAUUUCACAGCAGCAUUUUUUUAGGAUGACAAAAGUAUGUUAUAUUUUGGUAAUUAUAAUGUCAGUUUUUUGCAUAUUUCUUACUGGUCUGACGAAUGAUAGUUUUAGCCUUUUUUCUUUAUUUCCUGUGAACUCUGAGCAUUCACCUCAGAAAUAUGAAUGCUGAGAUGUUUUACACCAUUAAUUAUUCCACAUGUCAUAAGAAACACACCAUUUUUUUGGGAAAAAUGAGAAAAUAUAAUUAUUGUUGAAACAUUCAAAAAAAAAAUUGACUUGCAUAUUAUUAUUUCUGCAACUUAUUUGUGCUUGUUCAGCAUGGGUGUGCAUUAUUACUUAUCCCCUACGGAUCUGCUAUUAAUAUAAGAAAGUCAAUUUUAUCGACCCAGGCCAUUUGUUUAAAACACGUCCUUUCACUCCCAAAGUUCAUGGGAUGCAGGAGGUACUGAUUUAUGUUAUUCAUGUUAUUGAUUUCAAAGGAUGUCAGGUGUAGGAAAUCAGCUUUGCUGAAUUUUUGGCAUUCACUGGCUUUGCAAUUUUUUGGGUUAUAUUUCACAGUAAAAAAGUGUAAAAGAAAUACCUUAUAUUUAAAUUAAAUGCAUUGAUUAUAUCUCUUGCUUUGUAAAAUUAUAUCUAUUCAACUAGGGAAUUGUUAUUCACUCUAAGAUAUGCAGCUUCUGUAUCAGGGGUGUCUUUAUGAGAAGUGCAUUCUAAACUUUCAUGAAAAGUGAAUGUAAAUUCUAGUUCGUGAAGUUUGAUGGUUUUAGAUUGUCACUCUAAUAUGGCACACUCUGGCACUGUUGUUUUUUUAUGUUUUCAAGAACUUUUGUAUUAGAUGUACUUCUAUAUUAUUUAAAGAAUUUUGAGUUACUUUUUUAUUAUUAUUAUUAUUAUAAUGGUCAAUGAUUAUUAUGUACUAGUCUUUAUAAAAUUGUGGGAUGCUUGUAAAUAUCCUUUUUUUGGUAUGUCAUCAAAGAUCCUCAUAGCUUGAUUUGCAUGAUAAAUGGGGUAUGAAAAGAAAAUACAGACAAAAAAUUAGUAAUACUAUGUACAUAGACUAACAUUAGAUCACAGUAUGACUCCUGUCAAAUUGCUUUGUUUUCCUCAUCAGUGCAUUUGUCUAUAAGGCAAUGUUUGUGGAUUCCCAGAAUGAUUAAUGGUUGAAACAAAUAAAUGCACCAGACAUCAAAGGACUUAUAGCAUUAUGAUGAAGUAGGGUAAAAAUGAAUUAACUGAACAGAAGGGGGAUGAAGAGAAGGAAAAUGAAAGGGGGGGGGGGGAGAAAAUCCAUACAAAAUUCACUGAGGCGAGGGCUGAGGUCCAUGGCAGGGGCCUCAGUCCCCCAUCUCCUAAGCCCCUCACGACAGCAACAAGCAAGGUAUUGGAGGUGUAUAAAAUAUAAAACAUAUAGAAAUAUUCUAAUUGAGCCUAUCAAACACUGCCAUUUGUUUAAGAAGGCUUGUAGACAUUUUUUUUUCUUUAUUAUUAUUUAUAUAAAAAGGGAGUAAAUAAAAAUCAAAAUUCUGUUAUACUUUAAAUAAUUAAAUGGUACAUAUACAAUACUGUACAAUAAAUUGGGAAUAAAAUUCUA